AUGGUUUCGUGGCAUGAAAAUGAAGCAUUCAUGGACGGUUUUGAGGGCCUGGAAAGACGAAGGCUGGAAGCAAAAAAAAAAAAAAAAGAAGAGAGGAAGCUCUCGCAAACGGUGAGGCAGAAGGAGGACGCCUGGGUUGAAAGGAAGCGUGGACCAAGAAGAACGGGGAAAGCAACCGGUGGGAGAAGAAAAAAAGAAAAUAGAUGCAGAAAACAAAGAAGGAAGGAAGAACGUGAAGCCAAAGGGAAAAAAGAAAAAACAGAAACUAGAAGCAGAAGAGGUACCUGGAACGGAAGAGGAAAUCAGAAAAACCAAAAAAAAAAAAAAGGUGGCAAAAAGGGAGACGCUUUUUCAUGUGCUGAAACAGGGAAGGAGGACUCAGAAACUGUGAGAACGUGGAGCCAGGCAGGGCAGAGGAAAGAAGCAAGGAGAGAGAGAAAAAAAAAAAAAAAAAAAGGAGGCCAUUCAUGCGGGAGAGGCACCACGCAGCAAAGGAAAAACAGAGCAGAAACAGGGACUAGAAAAAACGCAAAACAGGAGAAAAAAGAGAAGCUGGGCGCUAAGAAGAAAAACCAGAAAAACCAGAAGACUCUCAACCAUUUGUAG